AUGGAUCUACCUGGACCUCCUUACUACAGAUCAACUGCAGCUAUUGUUUUGCCCAUUACAGCAUUGAUGUCCGUCCUGGUUUGCAUUCCUCCUCUGGUUUGGCACUCACGGACCGGAAAUUUCGCUGCAUCAUGUCUCAUUGGUUGGUUCAUUAUAUUCAACUUCUUCAACUUUAUCAACCCCUUGAUAUGGCCUACAGAUGAUAUUUCUACGUGGUGGGAUGGUGCUGGUCUCUGUGAUAUAGAGACAAAGUUCAUGGCUCCGCUUGGAGCAGGAAUUGCAGGGGCUCUCGCCUGCAUAUUUCGCUCACUUGCAGAGGUUAUGAACGCAGAUCGUGCUACCUUGAUUCCCAGCAAGAGCCAGCGAAGGCGUACUCUUGCUUUUGAAAUUGUUUUCUGCGUAGUCAUCCCUGUCAUUAUGAUGGCUCUUCACUACGUUGUCCAGCACCGUCGUUAUUACUUAUGGGCAAUCGUUGGUUGUAUGCCUGCGUUCCACCCGAGCUGGCCCUCCACAGCUCUCAUCUUCACAUGGCCGUUGGCUGUGUUGUCGCUGGCUGUAAUCUACUGUGUCCUGGUUAUAUACCGGCUCUUCAAAUACCGACAGCAAUUCUCUUACAUCGUGUCCGUAAGUAGCAAAACAAGCAAGUCGAGAUUUAUCCGUCUCCUUGUUUUGUCCCUGGUAUUGCUUCUGGGCAGCUUUCCUUCGCAAGUUUAUGUUUUCUACCGAAAUAUCGAAAUGUCAAAGCCCUGGGUGCCGUACUCCUGGGAUGACGUCCACGGGCCGGAAUGGGGACACAUCGGAAAAUCACCUAUGAAUGGCAUAGUCUAUUAUGACCGCUGGAUCCAAGUUUCAUGCGGCUUCCUACUAUUCGCAUUCUUUGGAUUCGGAAAGGAUGCAACUUUAAUGUACCGAGCAUUCCUCAUUCGAAUCGGCUUGGGUCAAAUUUUCCCUUCUUUGGAGCAUCCUCAUAUUGCCACCACCAGAGCCUCAGAUUCAACUCGGUUUGGAUCUUUCGGUAGUCGCGCCAAGAUGGCUCUGAAGAAGAAACAAUCAAUGGAUGAGUACUCACCGACUCUUUUGACUGUACGGUCGAAUUCUGAAUCCACAAACGCCACAGCGAUUAACGAGAAUGACCACCAUUUCGCCAGCCUGGAUAUAAUAAAUAAGCCGCUACCGCCAGCACCCUACCCUCCCAAUUCGAAUAGCCGUGUCAUAAGUAUUGCCCCAGUGUCAGAAAUGGAUUUCGACAACGAUACUAGGAUCCAUGAAAAAAUGCCGAAGUUUAGAGAAGUCUAA